AUGAUUGACCUAGGAUUGGCCCGAGUCUCGCGGCUCGUCCAACAGACGCCACUAACAUGGAAAGCCAUUCAUAUUGCGGGCACUAAUGGAAAAGGUUCAAUCAGCGCUUACCUUUCGCAUCUAUUAUCCACAGACGGGGUUCGUUGUGGCCGAUUUACCUCGCCCCAUCUUAUCGAUAGAUGGGACUGUAUCACGAUUGAUGAGAGAGUCGUCCAGAAAUCCCUCUUCCACCAAAUCGAAGAUCAAAUCAAACAGCGAGACCAAAAACUCGGGAUCGGCGCAUCCGAGUUCGAGCUCCUCACGGCCACGGCUUUCGAGAUAUUCAAUCAUGAACAAGUGGAAAUUGGCGUGGUAGAAGUUGGCAUGGGUGGUCGCCUCGAUGCUACCAAUAUUCUGAAUAACGUGCUUGUCUCGGUCAUCGCCAAGAUUGGGUUGGACCAUCAAGCUUUUCUGGGAUCUACAAUUGUAGAAAUUACAGGAGAAAAGGCCGGGAUUUUAAAGCCUGGAGUGCCAUGUGUUAUCGAUAGCUCAAAUGAACGCGCAGUGCUUGAGACACUUUCGAAGCGUAUCCAAGAGCUGGGCAUCGAGGCCACCUACGCAUCACCAGAGAACGUCGAGGAGCAACUCCCGGCAUUAGGGCGUCUGUUUAGAAAGCUGGAUCUUGAGCCUCACCAGAAACAGAACAUGUGCAGUGCCGUGCUGGCAUUACGGCAAGCUCUAUCCAAAAUCCGACCCGGACACGAUGUCGAUGCUCUUCUUCCACACCUCGCGGAUGUCAAGUGGCCUGGUCGCUUGGAGGAAGUCUCCCUUCAGCCUCUUAUUCCCCGAGAAGAACCUAUCCUCCUUGACGGCGCACACAAUCCACAAUCAGCUGAUGUCCUGGGGAAAUAUGUCGACCGCAAGCUCCGACCGCUGUCUGGGAGUGUCACUUGGGUGAUCGCAGCCUCCAGUGGGAAAGACCUUGCUGGUGUCUUCCGCUCAAUUAUUCGACCAGGCGAUAAAGUUGCCACGGCAGAAUUUGGCCCUGUUGAUGGGAUGCCCUGGGUUGCACCUACAAACGCGGCAGAGUUAGCAGACACCGUGCGAUCGAUCCCAGAUAUUAACCAAGUGGAAAGUUUUGAGGGUGAUCUUCUCCCUGCAAUUAAGUGGGCCAACGACGUUGCCAAUGGCCAACCAAUUGUCAUUGCAGGCAGUUUAUAUUUGAUUUCUGAUGUGCAUCGUUUGCUUCGGGAUGCAUCGUGA